AUGGCCUUGAACCUCGAGAAGCAGCUUCUGUUUUAUGGUGCCUACCAUAAUAAUCCGGUCAAUGUUGCGAUUCACAUGACAUGUGUACCGAUACUCUUGUUUACGGGAAUCGCUCUGGCAUCGAACACCCCGGUUUUUUUGACCCUUCCUGAUGCGCUCCAAAUUGAUAACCUUCCUCUCAACCUCGGAACGAUCGCUGCCCUGGUAUACUCCACAUUCUAUAUCCUUCUAGAACCUGUGGCUGGGGCUCUGGUCGCUCCCUUGAUAAUCGGCGGUGCAGCCUACGCGAACCAUCUCCUGGCGACCUACGGCACAAGCGUUAACUACUGGUUUGCUGGUGUCCAUGUAGUGUCCUGGGUGGCCCAGUUUGUCGGCCAUGGUGCCUUUGAACGUAGGGCUCCUGCUUUGCUGGACAACUUGGUCCAGGCCCUUCUUCUCGCACCUCUCUUCGUCUGGAUGGAAGCCCUCUUCUUCUUUGGCUACCGUCCGGAGCUGAAGGCAAGGUACGAUGAGAACGUGCGAAAGGAGAUUGCCGCGUUCAAGGCGGAGAAGGACAAAGCUGUUAAAUGA